AUGCCUUCGAAACCAAAGAAGGCCAAGGCUUUGCAGCAGAAAGCGAGAGCUACUCAGCGGGGCAAUGGCAAUGGCAACGGAUCUUCCUAUGGCGCGCGAAGCAGUCUAGAGACCUCAGUUGUGCCAUUUGAUGGUGCUGCCGCUCCCAGGCGUGGUCAUAAUGGUCAUAAUGGCUUCACGUUGCAAGAGGAGGCGCGAAAUACCGAGCGUCAUCAGUCUUCCUGGAAUACCGACCAGAGGCUUCGAUACAACAAAGUUGACUUUGUCAGCGCUGGUUCACUUGAUACGCGGGAGCUGGAGGAGGAUCCGGAAACCACUCUCGCGAAGAUGACCUUAGAUUCACCUCGAGAAGACUUGGAAGCCUCAGGUGAGGAACCCAUUCGAGAUCCAACACCUGUGGACCCAAGCCCACUCGUUGAGGAGCAAUCAUCAGCCUACUUUGUUGUCGAUACCCUGGGCGAACCUGUCAGUACUGGCUUGGCUCUCCCACGAGUCCGAUCUUCCUCUCCUACGCCUUCAAACUCCAGCGAAGAGGUCAUAUUGUUUGGCGGACGAGACCUGAAAGGCAAGGGUAUCUCGAGAGAAAGGAAGGCCCGCAAGCCACAGAGUGCUUCCAUUGAUACAAAAAUCAAGAUAGUCGAAGACCAGAUCCACGUACGAGAGAGCUUACUCGAGGAGGUCUUGCGAGAGAAGAGUUCCCCUCCCAGAUCGUUCCAAUCGCAAAGCCAAGCACCAGUAUUGAAUCAAAACCGAAGUCUUCCAAUCCGAGGGCCUAGACGAAAUAGGCACCAAACCGACGAGGACGCAAUAAUCGCCGACUACAUAGCCAAUAUGGACAAGGACGACGACCUCCUAAGCAAUAACACUUUCCGCCCCCGCGAAUUGGAAGGUGCUGAAAAUGCAGUCUGGCAGUACGAGAUGUCUGAAUCUUCUGAAGAACCCAUUCCAGAUAGCGUCGAGCCAGUCCAAGGUGGUUGGGAGCGUUCAGACAUCUGUGACUUCGAUGAAUUGAGUACAUCUGAUGAAGUUAUGGGUACUGUGCAAGAAAUUCUAUCCAAGAGAGAGCGGGAAUCGGGGGUUCAAUACCUCGUUGUCUGGGAGCAUCAGACCACUGAUGACGCUAGAUGGGUUCCUGUCACUACCUUAACUGCUAUCGGUGCUCUGUCGCUUAUUGAACUGUUCGAGGCUGAAGAAAAGCUUGUCGCCGAAUUUAUGGACCAAGGGGAUGAGGAUACUAGCGACUCGGAAGAUGACGCUGAUAUCUAUGAUAGUGGAGGUGAUGAAGAGGAUGACGAUUUAGUGCAACGGAAGAUUGAUCGUAUGAGUGAUGAGCAGAUAGCAAGAAUGCUAACGAAGCAAGAAGAGCUAGGCAUGGGCUCAAGUGAGCUUUUAUUGUUUGGCGGCGAAGCUGAUGCUGGGGAUGAUAUUGAAGAUAAUUUGGAUAUGGAUGUUCCAGAGACUGUACUAGAUCCCUUCUUACUUGGUCCAACAUUGGAUCAAUACAGUGGUCGCGGUGCGAGACGUCCACGAGGCGAUUUUCCCUCGGCGAGUGCACUGGCAGAUUCUUAUGAUGGAUUUGACGUUAUGGAUUUCGACCGGCCGAGCCUCAAGAAGAAACCCAAGGGUCGCAAAGGCAAGAUUUCUUUCGAUCUGUCUGACUCGGAAUUUGAAGCGUCCAUGCAAGUGGCGGUUGAAAAUGACCGACUCAAGAAGAAAGCAAGAAAGCAGGAGCGAGAAGAACUUCGGGCUCAAGGCCUACUAGGAAACAAGAACGGCAAACCUGAUCUAAAGCAAAAGUUCAAGGAAGGAAUGAGUAUUCACGACGUCAAGGAUCAGAUUAAAGGCUUCUUGAUGGGUUCCAAUACUACACUUUCUCUUCCUCCCAUGGCUAAAGCAGAUCGGAAGGUUGUUCACGAGCUAGCCGCCGCCUUUAAUCUAAAAUCAAAGUCUGUUGGUGGUGGAAAGUCCCGUGCUCCUAUUCUCACGAGGACAAGUCGAACUCCGCGCUAUCUAGAGAGCAAUUUUGACGCUGUCGAAGCGCGCCUGAGUCGGUGUUACCUUCCUCGAAUGGAUGUUGGCCACAAGCAGCGCGUUCAGCGAGCUCCCCGAGGCGGCAACAACGCUGGUGUUAGUUACAGAGAUGGUGACAUCGUUGGAGGAUCCGCACCAGAGCUUGGAGUGGAAAAUAGGGGCCGAGCCAUGCUGGAGAAGAUGGGUUGGAGUACUGGUACUGCUUUGGGUGCUCUUAACAACAAGGGCAUCUUACAGCCUGUCUCUCACGUUGUGAAGACCACAAAGGCCGGAUUGGGAUAA